GAAUAUAUUACACCUUAGGUGUCAAAAACGUUUUACAAUUACACGCGUCCUCGUGGAGAUACAGUUUAGCCAAUUACAGAACACUUCCUUUUCACACCAGUCUCCCCCUCUCACCUCCAGAAAGUAUAUAACCUUCAUGCCAGUGAAACUUUGCCUUUUACCCCUCCGUCUGAGUUUGUCAUUAAACACGCCAUGCAUUUACAAAUUGCAACCUUGCUUUUGCUAUGUGUAGCUGGAAUAUCCUGUAUGAGGUACGGUGGAAACCGAACUCCUCCACGUGGGCUAAGCAAGGAUCCGCUUUGGUGGAUGUCGAAAGGUGAUUUCACUGACGACUCCAGACAAAGACCCGAUGUGCCGCCAUUUCCAAUUAACAGACCUUCGAGACCUUCGAGGCCUUCGAGACCUUCUAGACCUUCUAGGCCUUCUAGACCUUCACGACCCUCUAGGCCUUUUAGACCUUCAAGACCACGACCAAAUAGGACUAAUGCCAAUGAAAGAAACCGAUGUCGCAUGCUAGCUGUACGAGGGAUCUGCCAAUUUUACUCUUCCUGUUUCAAUGACGACGUGGCCAACUGCCAGGUGAAACCAGUGCUGGAACAAUACUGCAGAAACUCACUCGAAAAACAGUCAGAAUUUGAUAGACUGGGUCUCAGAUAUAUUGAUAGCGUCAGGAGAUGUCAAACUAGAAAUCUAUGGAAGGGCACAAAUUCCAGGAACUGUCAGGAAGUGGACAAGCUAUCGCUUCAGACACUCAUAGAGAAAGACAACUCUGGCAAGACCUGUUUUGACCAGCCUCAGUUCUGUGACGUCAUUGCAAACGAAGAAAACUGCCGCGCCCUCUUUCACAUAUUCGGUCUAUCAGAGCCUGCUGUCAUGGAUCUUUCAACGCGAUUGUUCGACUACUUCCUCGAGUUGUCGCAGCAAUGCAGUGAAGACGUUCAGCUCAUAUUCUUUGAGAAUUUCUUCAAGAAACUAAGUACUACUACCACUACCACCCCUACCACACCGGUGCCGACCACGAGAAGGAUGAUGAUGAUGAUGGGAAGAAAUGGCGAUUAAGUUGCACUAAUACUGUUUUAGGUUCUCAACGUUAUUUUAGAAAACUUAAACGGUAUCUGAGAAUGUUAUUGUGGGUUUUUUCUAAAAAUCAAUAAAACCCAGUUUGUUAAAA